AUGGAGAAGAUACAAUUACUGCGUGACCAGUUGAGUGCAGCUUUAUGGCAGCUGGAGCGAGACCUUCUCAUCGAUGUUUGUGGGCGACUGAAAUGUUACGGCCUCAGCAGCGGAGAACUCAUCAAGAUGGCAGAGGACGUUUUUGAUGAAGUCGAGAAAAAGGAUAAAGAUGAUGAGAAAACACCAACAGCGACACCUGCUACAGCCAAGAGGAAGUCCCGACCCCCACGGCGAGAGCAGCAGCCGCCCGAGUCUGGAGACACAUCCGACGACAACGAUUGCUGUGGAACUUACCAGUGGCACCUCCGACCCGGUCCGGGAAGAUGGCAGCAGCAGCAGGCUCCACUCAAUCCACUGGCGGUGUCCUUCCAGCCUCAUCAGGACCCAGCGCAACCAGAAGAGGAUUUGCCACUACAGAGCGAAGAGUAUUUGCCACUACAGAGCGAAGAGGAUUUGCCACUACAGAGCGAAGAGUAUUUGCCACUACAGAGCGAAGAGGAUUUGCCACUACAGAGCGAAGAGGAUUUGCCACUACAGAGCAAAGAGAACGUUCCAGUGCAAUCCCUUGACUGGCCAGGGCGUGGUGAGUCCCCGACAGACAACGCUGCUGUCAGUGGAGAAGUGGGAUCGUCGUGCCAAUCUGCUGAGACUCACAGGACGAGGAUGGGGCCGAAAAAGGUACCAAAACCCGCAGAACCGGAAAUCACCCCAGAUAGUGAUUCCGAAGGGGGCGGAGCUGCUGGAGGAGAGCCCGCCAAGGCAGAGACACUUAUGGGUGCAGACUCCGAAACCCUAGUUUGCAUGUUGCGAAAAUGUCUUACGUUCCAGUCUGACCUGAGCAAGCGUUGGAAUGAAGAAACGCAGAAGCAGGAGGAACGAUGGCAGGAGAUGGAGGUACAGGUUCACCGACUCAGAGAGGGCCUGACCGAAGUUGCGAGGCGUGGUCCUCAACACCCCCAUGUACAUCAACAGGAAGAAGUGGAGCCCCAAUCUCCCACGCUACGGGGAGAGGCUGGGCCCAGUCAGUGA